AUGGCAAAACAGGUAAAUCUUUUCCUAUUUCCAUUACAACUUCUUGUUAUUUUGUUGGUUUCAUUUCAGUUAUUUACCCAUGUAAACUGUCAAAACUUAGAUUCUGUUACUACUUUCAAGGCUCUUUUAGAUGUUAAAAAGUCAUUUACUGAUGACCCACAAAAUGUUUUAGAAUCUUGGUCAGAAAAAAACCAAACUUUUUGUUCUUGGUAUGGUGUUACUUGCACUAGGAAGUUUUCUCAAGUUGCAAGUUUAAAUCUUUCUGGGGUGUCUCUUAGUGGCUCGAUUUCGCCUUCGAUUUCGAUUUUAAAGAACCUAGUUUACCUUGAUCUUUCAUCUAACCAGCUUUCUGGGCCCAUUCCACUUAAUAUAUCUGCCCUCACUUCCUUGCGAUCUCUUUUGUUAUUUACCAACCAAUUGUCUGGUCACAUUCCGGCUGAGCUCGGUUUGUUAUCGAGCCUUCAAGUACUCCGAAUUGGCGAUAAUCGUCUUACUGGCCCUAUCCCUGGCUCACUAGGUGAUCUUGAUAACUUAGUGGUUCUUGGUUUAGCUUCUUGUUAUCUUUCAGGGCCAAUACCACCAGAACUAGGAAAGCUAUCUAGGCUAGAGAAUUUGGUAGUACAAAAUAAUGAAUUGGUGGGCCCCAUCCCGCCUGAGGUCGGAAAUUGCUCGAGUUUGGUUACGUUUACGGCGGCGGUUAAUAAUUUAAAUGGAUCGAUACCGGAUGAGUUGUGUGAUCUUAAGAGCCUCCAAACAUUGAAUUUGGCUAAUAAUAGUCUUUCUGGUAAGAUACCAGAAAGAAUUGGUGAGCUGAGUCAGCUCGAGUAUUUGAAUUUUUUAGGAAAUCAGCUCGAGGGGCCGAUUCCCAAGUCAGUGGCGGAGCUAGAAAGUUUAUGGAAUCUAGAUUUGUCAGCAAAUAAGUUAAGUGGGGAAGUCCCUUGGGAAUUGAGAAACAUGGGUCAAUUGACAUACCUUGUUCUGUCAAACAAUAGUCUUUCUGGUACUAUUCCUAGGAAUAUAUGUUCUAAUGGUAACAAAACAUUGGAACAUUUGAUUCUUUCACAGAAUCUGAUUUCUGGUGAAAUACCAAAAGAGUUGGGAGAGUGUUUGUCGUUGAAGCAGCUUGAUUUGUCGAAUAAUACACUCAAUGGGACGAUACCGAUUGAGCUUUAUAAUCUAGUCGAGUUGACGGAUUUUUUGCUCAAUAACAAUACACUGACCGGUUCCAUUCCUCCCGCGAUUGGAAAUCUCAGCAAUUUGGAGACAUUGGCAUUGUAUCACAACGCGUUGGAAGGCGAAUUACCGAAGGAAAUUGGGAUGCUUAAGAAGCUCGAGAUUCUGUAUCUGUAUGAGAAUCAGUUUUCAGGAAGGAUCCCGUUGGAGAUGGGAAACUGUUCAAGAUUACAAAUGGUUGAUUUCUAUGGAAACCAUUUCAGUGGCGAAAUUCCUGUUACUUUUGGGAGGCUCAGCCAGUUGAAUUUCGUUCACCUGAGACAGAAUGAUUUGUCGGGAGAGAUUCCAGCAACUUUCGGAAACUGCCAUAAGCUCACCAUCAUAGACUUGGCUGACAACAGUCUCACUGGUGGAAUACCCGCGACCUUUGGGUAUCUGCAUUCGUUAGAACAGCUCAUGGUUUACAACAACUCAUUACAAGGGAAUCUCCCUACAGAGCUAAGCAACCUCACAAAUUUAACGAGGAUAAACUUCUCGAACAAUAAGUUGAAUGGUAGCCUUAUUCCUUUGUGUAGUUCGAGUUCAUUUCUAUCCUUUGAUGUCAGUAUCAAUGAAUUCGAUGGUGAAAUUCCAUCCGAGUUUGGGAAUUCGCUUUCUUUUCAGAGGCUAAGGCUGGGGAGGAACCGAUUCACGGGGAGAAUACCGUCUGCAUUGGGGAAGUUACGUGACUUGUCGUUAUUGGAUCUGUCGGGCAAUUUGCUGACGGGUUAUUUACCUCAUGAGCUUUCAAUGUGCAAAAAGUUGACUCAUAUUGAUCUCAAUAACAACCUCCUUUCGGGAUUGAUCCCUUCAUGGCUCGGAAACUUGCCUCUUUUGGGAGAGUUAAAGCUGUCAUCUAACAAGUUUACGGGCUCGAUUCCAUUGGACCUAUUUAACUCCUCGAAACUAUUAGUACUUUCACUUGAUUCCAAUAUGCUUAAUGGGAGUUUGCCUUCAGAUAUCAGCAAGCUUUCAUCUAUCAAUGUUCUAAAGUUAAGCAACAAUCAAAUUUCGGGUCAAAUACCAGCAACUAUAGGGAAACUAAGCAAGUUGUAUGAGAUCCAGCUCUCAAACAACAGUUUCAGUGGCGAUAUCCCAGAUCAAAUCGGUCAACUCACGAAUCUACAAAGCCUUUUAGACCUCAGUUACAAUAGCCUGACUGGCAGCAUCCCGACAUCCAUUGGGACACUAUUGAAACUUGAGGUGUUAGACCUAUCUCAUAAUGCAUUGACGGGCCCUGUACCACGAGAACUGGGACAGAUGAGUAGUCUGGGCAGGCUUAACCUCUCUUACAACAAUCUUGAAGGUAAAUUAGAUGACGGGUACUCAGACUUACCGGUCGACUCAUUCAUCGGAAAUCUCGGUCUUUGCGGGCCUCCGCUUGAUCAUUGUCGGCCCACCAAAAACCGACAUCAAAACAGGCUGAGUAAAGGAUCCGUGAUUGCAAUCUCAGCUGUAUCUACCAUAGUUGCAAUUGGGUUAAUGUUUCUUGCAGCCAUGAUAUUUUCCAGAAGAAACAGGUCCGGGUUUGUGAAAGCUGGAUACGGAUCCAGCACCUAUUAUUCAUCCUCAUUUUCAUCACGGGCGCAAAGAAGACCGCUCUUUUUCAAGCAUGGCUCAACACGAAGCGACUUCAGAUGGGAUGACAUCAUGGAGGCCACAAACAAUCUAAGUGAUGAGUUUGUAAUCGGGUCAGGAGGGUCAGGAACAGUCUACAAAGCGGAACUUAUAACAGGAGAGGUGGUAGCCAUCAAAAGAAUACCAUGGAAAGACGAUGUGUUUCUUGAUAAGAGUUUUGCAAGAGAAGUGAAUACAAUUGGUCGGAUAAAGCACAAGCGGUUAGUAAAGUUACUCGGCUACUGCACCAACAAAGGUGCAGGAUCGAACUUGUUGAUAUACGAGUAUAUGGAAAAUGGAAGUGUUUAUGAUUGGCUUCACCAAGAACCAAUAAACAUCAAGAAGAAAAAGACCCUUGAUUGGGAAGCGAGAUUGAAGAUUGUGGUUGGGUUAGCUCAAGGUGUGGAGUACCUUCACUAUGAUUGUGUUCCAACGAUCAUUCACAGGGAUAUCAAGUCUGCAAAUGUUCUUCUAGACAUAAACAUGGAUGCACAUUUGGGUGAUUUUGGUCUUGCAAAAGCCAUCACUGAAAACCUCGACUCACUGGCUAGCAACUCUAAUAUGUGGUUUGCAGGGUCUUAUGGUUACAUUGCUCCAGAAUAUGCUUACACCUUCAAGGCGACAGAGAAAAGCGACAUUUACAGUAUGGGGAUAGUGCUAAUAGAGUUAGUUACUGGAAGACGGCCGACAGAUGGAAGUUUUGGUGAAAAUGUAGACAUGGUGAGAUGGGUCGAGUCUCGUAUUGAAAUGCAAGGACCGGGACGUGAGGAACUAAUAGAUCCGGAUCUCAAACCACUCUUGCCGCACGAAGAAAAUGCUGCUUAUCAAGUACUUGAAAUUGGACUUCAAUGUACUAAAACUGCUCCUGCUGAAAGACCGUCUUCAAGGCAUGUGUGUGAUCUUCUCCUGCAUGUAGUGAAGGAUGGAGCAUCUAACGCUAAAAAGAUGAGUCGAGAUCCAUAUGCAUAGAUCAAGCGAAUUUCAAUGAGCAUGAAGUAUUUCGACUAAUUUAGAAAAUCUAAAGGUCCAUUAUCUUGACUUUUGUAAGCAUCUACUGUAUAUCAUUUUUCAACCUUACGAAUUUGUAUCCCACGCAUUAAAAGCAAGAUAUUAUGAUGGAUUUCUAUAUCAAAAUGUGUUCAGAAAAGAUCCACUAAUAAA